AUGUUGCUCUCUGAAGAACCCGCGACUCUCAUUCAUCAUACAAUCGAAAACUUCAACAUUGCGCCAGACAAAACCGCCGUAGCGCGCGUAACAGAAUCCCUCGCCACACUCCAACAAGCUCGCGAUCUUCGCGUCCGCGAGGCCGAGUCAUCACUCAAAAAGCUAUCCCGCCAGCUGGCAACCCAUACAUCACGACACGACGACCUCGUAACUUCCCACUCAUCCGUAGACCACGCUUCCAACAUCGCCCGUCUUGACACCCUCAAGUUUCGCACCGCAAAGGCCGCCGCCGACGCCGAGACCGAUGCGGAGCGUCUCGCACUCACUGCUGCGGAUUUGAAGGCUCGUCUGCGGGAGCUUGAGCUCCAGGGCGUGGAAGGAGAUACUGCUGCGAACGCGCGACGCAGAGACCCCGUUGAUGACGAGGUGUUAUUGAGGCUCAAGGUGUACCGUAGUCUCGGUAUUGACAUUGAGCGCGACGAGAGGGAUGGCGAGUGGAGCAAGGCGGUUAUUCGAAAUGAUCGCAAGGGCGAUGUGCAUGUUGUCAACAUGGACAAGAAGUUCUCGCGCUUCUUUUAUGCAAACUAUUUUUGGCAGACUCUGUAA